UACACUAACUUGUGCUCACCUGAGAUAUCAUUAGCUGUGUGUCGACCCAUCCGUCCAUGUGAAUUGAAUUCUGUGUAUCCAGCCUUGUUUUCUGCAUCUCCACCCCUCCGAGACACACCGUAGACCUGACCAUCACCAUCACCUCCAGAAGCAGUGAUGGCAGUCCAGCCCCAGCCGAUGCCUGUAGUGAACAUACAGCCAGGCAUGUUUCGGGCCCCUGCUGACAUAAAGACUGGGGUGUGGAGCAGCAGCAUCUGUGACUGUUGUGACGACAUGAAGAUCUGUUGCUUUGGGUUCUGGUGCCCAUGCUGCCUGAGAUGUCAGAUGAGUACAGACUUUGGGGAGUGUUUCUGUCUCCCACUGCUGGACAUUUUCCUCCACUGUAUCCCAGCUACUUCUCUGGCCCUCCGGAGCACCAUGAGGGAGAGAUACCGCAUCCAGGGGACCAUAUGCAACGACUGCCUCUUGGUCGCCUUCUGCACCCCCUGUGCCUGGUGCCAGAUGGCCCGAGAGCUGAAGUUACGUCAGCGCACUCUCCUCCUCUGCAAUGUCCCAUCCCCUGUCCAGAUCAACAUGUAUCCCCCUCAAGCCCUUUCUCACCCCUCUAUGUAUCUACAGCCUAUGCCUGUAGGACACUACACCUCUGAGCCACAAUAGAAUAUAGCCAGCAUAAGCAAGAGAUAAAUUAGGGGGUUGUGGAUGAGUGCCAUUCUAGAAUGUGAAACAGGCAGCACAGUCAGCCAACAGUGCAUCACAUAGAUAUCUGUUUUAAAAAAUUAUAGGAAAGCAAACACUUUUAGAGAAAU